AUGACACCAGUGGAUAAUUCAGAGAAAUGUUGGAGAUAUUUUGUGAUUAUUAUUGGAAGUAUUGCUAGACAAUGCUAUGAAUGUACUGCAUGUUCUAAACCAUACCAGAGAAAUGAAGAAGGUGUUAGCAAAGUUACCUUUGGGGACAAUGAUUACUGUCAAAAAACGAGUGCGUUGGGUAUUGAAAGUCGAAGCAGUGGUGGUCUUGAUUGUACACUUACUGAUAAAAUGAAAUAUUAUUGUAAAGACGGUUUAUGUAAUGGAGCAACAACAAUUACAGUAACUAUCAAAUUUUUGGCAGCAAUAACUAGCCUAUUAUUUGUUGCACAAUUCUUUCAAUGA